AUGAGCGACAUCCGCCACUCGCUGCUGCGGCGGGACGCGCUGAGCGCCGCCAAGGAGGUGCUGUACCACCUCGACAUCUACUUCAGCAGCCAGCUGCAGAGCGCCCCGCUGCCCCCCCUCGUCGACAAGGGCCCGGCCGAGCUCCUCGAGGAGUUCCUCUUCCAGGUCCCCAAGGAGCGCGGCGUCCCGCCCAAGAGACUGAACUCGCUCCAGGAACUUCAGCUCCUCGAGAUCAUGUGCAAUUACUUCCAAGAGCAGACCAAGGAUUCGGUUCGGCAGCUCAUUUUCUCGUCACUCUUCAGCCCUCAAGGGAACAAAGCGGAUGACAACAGGAUGGCUUUACUGGGGAAACUGGUGUCCAUGGCGGUGGCUGUGUGCAGAGUUCCUGUCCUGGAAUGUGCUGCCUUCUGGCUGCAGCGAACCCCCGCCGUGUACUGCGUGCGGCUAGCCCGAGCCUUGGUGGACGACUACUGCGACUUGGUGCCGGGGUCCAUCCAAACGCUGAAACAGAUCUUCAGCGCCAGUCCUCGCUUCUGCUGCCAGUUCAUUACGGCAGUCACAGCUCUCUAUGACCUCUCUUCAGAUGAUCUCAUCCCUCCCUCAGAACUGCUCGAGCUGAUUGUUUCCUGGAUCUUCGAAGACCCCCGCUUGAUCCUUAUCACCUUCCUAAACACGCCUAUUGCAGCCAACCUGCCAAUAGGGUUUUUAGAGCUCACCCCGCUGACUGGGCUGAUCCGUUGGUGCGUGAAGGCCCCCUUGGCUUAUAAAAGGAAGCAGAAAGCCGCGCUCUCAAAUGGACCCCCCCCCGCCAAGAUCGCCAAGGACUCGACCGAAGAGGACGACGGAGAUUGCCAUCAGCUGUAUUCAAAACUGCAUCUAACCGUCCUGCAGGUUCUUAUGAUGCUUCAGGGGCACCUAACAGAGAAGAACCUCUACGGGCGCCUGGGGCUGGUACCCUUUGACCACGUGGUGCCGCUUGUUGAGGAAAUUAACAGGCUGUCUGACGAACUCAACCCUCUCAAUGCGUCCAAAGAGAUCGAACUGGCCCUGGACAGGCUGGCUCAGGCUUUGCAAGUGGCCAUGGCAUCAGGAGCGCUCCUGUGCACUCGAGAUGACUUGAGAACUGUGUGCUCCAGGCUACCGCAUAACAACCUGCUCCAGCUGGUGAUUUCAGGUCCCGUACAACAACCGACCCACGGUGCUCUGCCGCCAGGAUUUUACCCUCACAUCCACACUCCUCCUCUGGGCUAUCCCGCGCACGCCGCGCACCCCGCGCUACCUGCUCACCCGGCGCUCCCGGCUCACCCCGUGCAAACGUUCAUACCAGGAAUGACGUUCCCCUACAGGCCCAUUCGCUAAGUGCCGCGGCUGCGGGAGGUAGCCAGUUUUCCUUAGUGUGAGGAAGCCUCGCAGAGGAAACCAGAUGUCUCGGGAACCACAUUUUCCUCUUUGAUCGAAAGCUGGGUGCUGCCUGCGUGCGGGCUCAGCCCUUCGGGAGUAGAGCAGACUCUAGACGGGUAGGUUGCAGUUGCUUUGAACGCGGGAUGCAGAUACAAAGGCAGGCAGCCUGGAUGGAAAGAGUGGGUGGGAAAAGGCAACGAACUGGAGCGGGUGGAAAUCUUUUUGAUCCAGUGUUUCACGUAAUCACCAUGCUUGUUCCGUUUCCUGAUAGUGCAGCCCCUGGAUGUUCGGCACAGGUGAGGCCAGCUAGUUUCGCUCUGUGCGAGGGGGCUGGAAGGAAAGCCAUACGAUUUCCCAGCGAGUCCACCCCAGCCUGUCCGUUUCUUUGUAAAUGUUUGUACCUAUAGCCACAGAGUACGUGCACACUGUAUAUUUUUGGAACACAAAUCGUUUGUUUGCUUUGGAAGCACAAGGCAGAGUCACGCAGCACUUCCUAUUAAAGGGAACAAUUGCAGAAGCAUA